UAACAUGCUAAUGGCCAUUGAUGGCAUCUCGCAAAUUUCACACCGCCUGACGAAGGAUGCAUCGCCCGCUGAGAUUGUCAAUAUGAAAGUGCAGUGCGCAACGAAAAUUCAGGCUAUCCUUGAGAAGUCCCCUCCAACUGUGCCUGAGAUUCCUAAGCUCUGUUUUAAAUUUUCCCCGACUACUAAUGAACUUCUAAAAGGAGGUUUCGGUUAUUUAUAUUUGGAUGACGGACGCCCUUCGAUGCUUAAUAAAAUCCGCAUACCCCUCUUGUCACGUAAAAAAGAAAGACUCUAUUCUCUCGACGCUUCGACCUCGGGAGACAUAAUCAUCUCUACUUUUUGUGAAAAAGACCCCGCAUUAAACAGGAUAUUCAUAUUGGACAGAGAGGCACGGGCCGUUAAACAAAAAUUUGGCGUUCCGAACAUGUCCAGUAUGACGUAUCUUGCGGCUUCUGUUACGUCACAUCACAAAGAGUGUCUGGUUGUCACAGAUCCUAAGCAAGGGAUGAUUUAUGUUUUCGAUACAGCAGGUAUUUUAAUUUCAUCGCUUAUCUGUCCAAAAGCACUUGCCGUGUCGGCAAAUAGCAAGAAUCAGCCCAUCAUUCAAACGCAUGGUCACCAAGAUGACCGCAUUCAUCGCCUAAACCUAAACGGUGGUGUCAUUAAGUCCUUCUCCGAUGGAAAUGCGGGGGACGACAAAGGUGUUGUCCAGUUAAAACAGUUAUCGUGUUCAAAAUCUAACGGUGAUAUACUCGUGUCCGAUCCAAUGAAUGCUUGUGUUCGUUCAUACAGCCAAGAGGGAGAGCUGAAAUUCACUUACACUUCUCAAGGGGCAGGCUCUACUCCAAGCGAGCCAUUUGUCCCAUUUGGAAUUUGCACUAACGAGAAAGGGGACAUUUUUGUCACCGAUACAAAUAAUAAGACUAUCCAUAGGCUCUCCAGCAAAGGGGAAUUCAAAGAGCUUGUGUUAACUAAAGCGGACGGUUUGUCAUCCGAGCCAAUGGGUGUGGUGGUCAGCGGUAACGGACAGCUGGUGGUCGGUCUCCAGGACGGUUGGGUUAAAGUGUACAGUUACCGUUGACAUCGUUGGCAUACCAAUUCUGACCUAAAAAAGGGGGAAGCACUUAGUGGAUAUUUACCUUGAGCGUUUAAUUCGGAGUAUACGGGAAAGUUGCGUUAAAAAAUAAAU